AGCGGGCGGUUGGGGGCAGGGGCUGCGGCGCCACAGACACACGGACAGGGACAGGGACAGGGACAGGGGGACACACACACACACACAGACACAGAGACAGAGACAGAGACAGAGAGGCGGCGGCGGCGGCAGGACACAGGCUCCGCACGGCCACAGACAUCCUUUACCCCCUUCCUCCCCCCGCUCCCCCCCCCCCCCGGGCCCGGUUUGAGGGUGUGUGUACUGGCGGAGAUGGUGGACCGGGAGCAGCUGGUGCAGCGGGCCAGGCUGGCCGAGCAGGCGGAGCGCUACGAUGACAUGGCGGCGAUCAUGAAGGAUGUAACUGAGCUGGAUGAGUCCCUGUGCAAUGAAGACCGGAACCUCCUUUCUGUGGCCUAUAAGAAUGUGGUAGGAGCCCGGAGAUCAUCCUGGCGAGUGCUGAGUAGUAUUGAGCAGAAGACCUGUACUGACGGCAAUGAGAAGAAGCUGGAGAUGGUACGUGCCUACCGUGAGAAGGUGGAGAAGGAGCUGGACACUGUGUGCAGAGAUGUGCUGGAGCUACUCGACAAGUACCUCAUAAAGAACUGCACCGAGACCCAGUUGGAGAGCAAAGUCUUUUACUUGAAAAUGAAGGGUGACUACUACCGUUACCUGGCCGAGGUAGCCAAUAGUGAAAAGAAGCCCAGUGUGGUGGAGAAGUCUGAGGCCUCCUACAAGGAGGCCUUCGAGGUCAGCAAGGUUCAGAUGCAGCCUACCCACCCGAUCCGCCUAGGUCUGGCCCUCAACUUUUCAGUCUUCUACUAUGAGAUCCAGAAUGCCCCCGAGCAGGCUUGUCAUCUGGCCAAGGCAGCCUUCGAUGACGCCAUCGCCGAACUGGACACUUUAAACGAGGACUCCUACAAGGACUCGACUCUCAUCAUGCAGUUACUACGAGACAACCUCACCCUCUGGACGAGUGACCAGCAAGACGACGAGGCAGGAGAAGGCAACAAUUGAGUCUGUACAGUCAGUCCCUGCUGCCACCCCACUCCCACCACUCAUCCCUCCUCCUCCUUCCCCGUCUCACCUAAAUAAGCGCACGCG